AUGAAGCACAUCCCGGUUCUCCAGGACGGGCCCUGGAAGACCGUGUGCGUGAAGGAGCUGAACGGCCUCAAGAAGCUCAAGAGGAAAGGCAAGGAGCCGGCGCGGCGCGCGAACGGCUAUAAAACUUUCCGAUUGGACUUGGAAGCGCCCGAGCGCGGCGCCACCGCCACCAACGGGCUGCGGGACAGAACCCAGCGGCUGCAGCCAGUCCCGACCCCGGUGCCAGCCCGGGUGGCGCCGGCCGUUCCCUCAGGUGGGGGCGCGGACACGGCCGGGGAGCGCGGGGGCGCCCGGGCGCCGGAGGUCUUGGACGCGCGGAAACGCGGCUUCGCCCUGGGCGCAGUGGGGCCGGGACUCCCCACGCCGCCUCCGCCGCCGCCGCCUCCUGCGCCCCAGGGCCAGGUACCUGGGGGUCCCGAGACACAGCCUUUCCGGGAGCCGGGCCUGCGUCCCCGCAUCUUGCUGUGCGCACCGCCAGCACGCCCCACGCCGUCGGCGCCCCCAGAGCCCCCGGUGCGCCCCGCGCCCCCCACGCGCCCUGGGGAAAGUUCUUACUCGUCAAUUUCACACGUAAUUUACAAUAACCACCCGGAUUCCUCCGCGUCGCCUAGGAAACGGCCGGGCGAAGCUACCGCCGCCUCCUCGGAGAUCAAAGCCCUGCAGCAGACCCGGAGGCUCCUGGCGAACGCCAGGGAGCGGACGCGGGUGCACACCAUCAGCGCAGCCUUCGAGGCGCUCAGGAAGCAGGUGCCGUGUUACUCGUAUGGGCAGAAGCUGUCCAAGCUGGCCAUCCUGAGGAUCGCCUGUAACUACAUCCUGUCCCUGGCACGGCUGGCCGACCUCGACUACAGCGCCGACCACAGCAACCUCAGCUUCUCCGAGUGCGUGCAGCGUUGCACCCGCACCCUGCAGGCCGAGGGCCGCGCCAAGAAGCGCAAGGAGUGA